AAGUGAUAUGCUUACCGAGUUUACCCUCGUCUCCCUGCAGAAGAGAGUUGAAGGCAACCUCAAACGUAAACCCGCCUCCUUUUUUACAACACUCUGCUAUUACACCAUCUUCGAUUUCUGCAACUCUCUCUCUCUCUUCCAUUCUCACCAUAUUCAACUCCCAAAAACUACAUUCUUUUCCCACUGAGAAAGCUUAUUAGGGUUUAUCUAGGGUUUUAGCUUCAAUGGGGAACGAAGAACAGUCUCACAAAUCUCACAGGUUUCGGCAAGCUGGUCCCAAAAAAUUGGCUAAAAAAAACAAGAAGGCAGCGGGAGAUGAUGGUUUUGAUGAUACCAAGAAAAACCCAACUCGAAACCCUAAGGCAUUUGCUUUCCGUUCAAAUGUGAAAGCAAAGCGUUUACAGUCGCGCUCAACAGAGAAAGAGCAGCGGAAGCUUCACAUUCCGACGAUAGACCGCAAUAUCGGCGAUCCCCCGCCUUUUGUUGUUGUAGUUCAUGGCCCUCCUCAGGUAGGGAAAUCUUUGCUGAUUAAGUGUCUUGUGAAACAUUACACCAGGCACAAUUUGCCUGAUGUUCGGGGUCCAAUUACCAUCGUAUCAGGUAAACAAAGACGUCUUCAGUUUGUGGAGUGCCCUAAUGAAAUAAAUGCCAUGAUUGACUGUGCGAAAUUUGCUGAUUUGGCUCUGCUUCUAAUUGACGGGAGUUAUGGCUUUGAAAUGGAAACAUUUGAAUUUCUCAAUGUCAUGCAAGUUCAUGGAUUUCCGAAAGUUAUGGGAGUCCUUACACACCUUGAUAAGUUCAAGGAUGUAAAGAGAUUAAGAAAGACAAAGCAGCGUCUCAAACAUCGUUUUUGGACUGAAAUAUACGAUGGAGCCAAAUUAUUUUACUUAUCUGGUCUUAUUCAUGAGAAGUACAAUAAGCGUGAAAUCCAUAAUCUUGCAAGAUUCAUCUCUGUUAUGAAAUUUCAUCCAUUGUCUUGGCGAACUGCUCAUCCUUAUGUGCUAGCAGACCGUUUUGAAGAUGUCACUCCACCGGAGAGAGUGCAGCUAGACAAGAAAUGUGACAGGAAUGUCACAGUUUAUGGUUAUUUGCGGGGUUGUAAUUUGAAGAAGGGAACUAAAGUUCACAUUGCUGGUGUUGGUGAUUAUAACCUGGCCAGCAUUACAAGCUUGGCUGAUCCAUGUCCUUUACCAUCAGCUGCUAAAAAGAAAGGAUUGCGUGACAAGGAAAAAUUAUUUUAUGCUCCUAUGUCUGGUGUUGGCGACCUCCUUUAUGAUAAAGAUGCUGUCUAUAUAAACAUAAACGACCACUUUGUACAAUAUUCUAAAGGAGCUGAUGAAAAUGAGAGCACUGCACGUAAAGGAAAACGCCAUGAUGUUGGUGAGGAGUUGGUAAAACAGCUUCAGAAUGUGAAGUAUUCUAUUGAUGAGCAGUUACAAGAACGCUUCAUCAAUCUUUUUAGCCAGAAACAAGAUAAAAGUGAUGCUGAUGUUCCUGUUGCCGGAGGUCGGAUUCAUGAACAUGAUGAUGCUGCUGGAUCUGACAAAGAAAGUUCAGAUUCUUCAGAUGACGAUACAGAUGCUGAAGAAAAUAACAAUAUGAUGAAUCUGGGAGAUGGGUCUAGUGAUGCUAAAAAGGAAUUGGGGAAAAACUUCAAGGAACAUGUUGAGUUUUCUGAUGGUAGGAUCAGAAGGAAAGCGAUAUUUGGAAAUAGCAAUAAUGAUGCUGAUGAAAAGUAUUCAGAUGACGAUGAUGAUGAAGAAGAAGAUGAUGACAGUGACGGGAAGGAGGAGGAUGAAGUAGGAAGUUCCGGUACAGAUCCUUCUGAAGAUGAUGGGCCUGAUGAAGAUAUGGAAGUGGACGAAGAUAUUGGAAAUGCCUCCAAAUGGAAAGAUUCUUUGUUGGAACGAACAGUGUCCCGACAGAAUAUGAAUCUCAUGCAAAUUGUAUAUGGAAAACCCAUACCAAAUCUUGCAUCUGAUAUAGGUGAAUCACAAGGAAGCAGUGAUGAUGAAAGUGAAGAUGAUGACUUCUUCAAACCGAAGGGAGAGGGAGCCAAGAAGUUGACAGAUGGUCUGGGUGCUGGUGAUGUGAAUGGUGAUGAUUGUUCAAAAUCCACGAGUAAUAUGGAUGCCAAGAAUUGGAAUGAUGAUGAUGUUGUUCAAAGCAUCCGAGACCGUUUUGUUACCGGUGAUUGGUCAAAAGCAGCCCAAAGAGCUACGGUGUCUGAGACUGGCGGCAGUGGUGAUGGUGAUGAUGAUGUCUAUGGUGAUUUUGAAGAUUUAGAAACAGGUGAAGAGGGUGGUGUAGCUGUAAAAGCUGGUGAGGCACAGAAAGAAGAUGAUGCAAUAAUUGCAGAACGCAAGCUGAAAAAGCUUGCUCUUCGUGCAAAGUUUAAUUCCCAAUUUAAUAAAUCUGAGUUACCUGAUGGAGAAACUGGUGAAGAAGCUGAGGCAAAAUCUGAUCGCAGCAAGGCCAAUGAUAGUGGGUUUAUUGAGAAGUUAAGAGAUGAAAUUGAACUUCAAAAGCAAAUAAAUUUAGCUGAGCUCAAUGAUCUGGAUGAAGCCACUAGGAUAGAAAUAGAGGGCUUUAGAACAGGGACAUAUUUGAGAUUGGAAAUUCAAGCCGUUCCUUGUGAGAUGGUUGAGUUUUUUGACCCCUCACACCCUAUCCUAGUUGGAGGAAUUAGCCUUGCGGAAGAGAAUGUUGGAUACAUGCAGGUCAGGUUAAAACGACAUAGAUGGCAUAAGAAAGUUCUUAAGACUAGGGAUCCUAUAAUUGUAUCUAUGGGAUGGAGGCGCUACCAGACAAUACCUGUUUAUGCAAUUGAGGAUCGUGAUGGUCGGGUCCGUAUGCUCAAGUACACCCCUGAGCACAUGCACUGCCUUGCAAUGUUUUAUGGUCCUCUUGCUCCCCCGAACACUGGAGUUGUUGCUGUACAGAAUCUAACGAACAAUCAGUCAUCAUUUAGAAUCACAGCAACUGCUGUUGUAUUAGAGUUCAACCAUGCUGCCCAGAUAAAGAAGAAAAUAAAGUUUACUGGUGAACCUUGCAAGAUCUACAAGAAAACAGCAUAUAUCAAAAAUAUGUUUACUUCAGAUCUUGAAAUAGCCAAAUAUGAAGGUGUAGCAAUUCGAACUGUCAGUGGAAUUCGUGGACAAGUAAAAAAGGCUGCAAAAGAAGUGAUUGGCAAUAAAUCAAAGAACGAUGACAUCCCGUCAAAGGGAGGGAUUGCAAGGUGCACAUUUGAGGACAAGAUCCUUAUGAGUGAUGUAGUAUUCUUCACAACAUGGGUUAAUGUGGACGUUCCAAAAUUUUUUAAUCCAUUGACAACAGCUUUGCAACCUCGUGAUCGAGCUUGGAAAGGAAUGAAAACUGUUGCAGAAUUGAGGAGAGAACUGGCUCUUCCAGUUCCUGUCAAUAAGGAUUCUCUGUACAAGCCAAUUGAGAGACAACCGAAGAAAUUCAAUCCACUGAUCAUUCCCAAGUCUCUGCAACAAGCACUCCCGUUCAAAACAAAGCCCAAAGAUAUUCCUAAAAGAGUUAAUGGACUUCUUAAAGAUAGGAGACCUGUUAUCGCAGAACCUGAUGAGAAGAAAACCCUAAAGCUGGUUCAACACUAUCAGCUGAUUCGUCACAGCAAGGAAAAGAAGAGAAAACAAAAGGAUGAAGAAAAGAGAAAAAAGUUGGAGGCUCAAAAGGCAAAAGAAGAGGUGGUGUCAAGAAAACGGCAGAGAGAGGAACGGCGAGAAAGAUACCGUCAACAAGAUAAACUAAGCAAGAGAGCACGCAAAACAUCUGAAGACUAGAUAUAUCUCUACAAAUACUACCAGUUUUACAUUUUCCAACCAGAUUUAUUUGGGAGUAUUUCCUUGAACACUGAAGCGGUGAGUUUCAGAACUGCUUCCUACUCGUUAAUCGUUUGCUUCCAUUACACCAUCUUCAGAUGGAGAAGGACAGUACCAGUUAGAGGCAACUUGUGCUUUGUAGCCUUUAGAGAAUGGUAUUCUAGGAAAAAUAGAUAAAUUUUGCUCUUGUUUUCUACCUGUAAGUAAAACAACAGGGCGUUUUUGUAAUAGCCCUCUGUACUCUAGUAUCACGAUAAUUCGUUCACUGCUUUAUGUGGCUUUUCCGUUCAGUUUCAUUUUAUUAUUUUUUUUUUCUUUUGGUGAGAAAACUAAGUUUUCAGCAGUUAGUGAACUAAUUCCAUACAAGUUUUUUCGUUUUUUUAUUUAAAAAAUAAAUAGUUCUUUAUAUCAAAA